GUUUUGGGAGAGUUGGUCGUCUGUCUCGUAGAUUAUGCUGUUGAUCACAUAAAGCCGGUCCAUGCAAGUUUGAAAUAUUGGUCACUGAGGACAAAAGAGAAGCUUGAUUGUUGUAUAAGCUUAUGGGUUUUGGACUUUGGGGAUGUAGCUGCAUUGGUUACUAAUAGCUUUGAUCUUGUUGUGGUUUUCGCAAGUUACAAAACACAAGGGUGUGAAGUGGUGGCACUAAACUGCCAGGCAAGCAAGUUUGUUUACAAAAACAAGAGGAACAACAAGAAAAGCAGGAGAACCUAUAUAUUCUACCUUCAUUAUGUCUUCAAGUAUAUGUCAUUUUACUUGACCAAAGUUUAAUUCUUUGCUUAAUUCUUUCUUAACUUUAAAUGAAGGCUUCACAAUCUUAGAUACUUGUACUUCUCUCUUCCCCUUCUUUGACCCUUGAGAUGGGGUCAGUUUUUUGGGUGAGUUUUGUGUGUUACAUGCUUGCAUUGCUGACAUCUAGCCAUGGCGGGGAGGUUUUCGUGGAGUGGCAUGUUGAAAUCAACAAUACGAUUAGGCCGCUCACACUGGAUCAACCGGUUAUAACUGUGAAUGGUCUGUUUCCUGGGCCUCUGCUCAAUGUCACAACAAAUGAUGAUGUUCAUGUCAAUGUGUUUAAUGAUAUGGAUGAGCCUCUUCUCAUGACAUGGAACGGAAUACAACAAAGACUAAACUCAUGGCAAGAUGGAGUUUCUGGCACCAAUUGUCAAAUUCAGCCGAAGACAAACUGGACUUAUCUUUUCCAAGUGAAGGACCAGAUUGGCACCUUUUCAUAUUUCCCAUCCACGGCCUUCCACAAGGCUGGUGGUGGUUAUGGGCCAAUUCGUGUCAACAAUCGCAUUGUCAUUGACGUGCCCUUUCCCAAGCCCGAAGCUCAGUUUGAUCUUCUCAUCGGUGAUUGGUAUCAGAGAAGCUUUAAGGAUAUCCGCUCUGAGCUGAAGGAUCCGAGUAUGGCCUAUGACACUCCUCCUGAUAGAAUUCUUAUAAAUGGCAAAGGACCGUAUGGAGAUCUGCUGGUAAAAAAUCACGAAUCAUUUAAUGUUACAAAAGGGAAAACGUACUUACUAAGAAUAUCCAACGUUGGGAUAGUAUGGAGCAUCAACUUCAGGAUUCAGAAUCAUCAGAUGGUGUUGGUUGAAACCGAGGGAUCGUACACAAAUCAAAUAACACUGGAUUCACUCGACAUUCAUGUGGGGCAGUCUUACUCUGUUCUGGUCACAGCGGAUCAAGAUACUGCAGAUUAUUACGUAGUGGCAACUCCAAAAUUGGUUGGUUUCAGUGAUGCUCUUGAAGCCAUUGCUGUGCUACAUUAUGACAACUCUACUCGAGAUCCUUCAGGGCCUAUACCAAGCGGGCCUGACCCUUUCGAUAUGGAAUUUUCACUGAAUCAAGCAAAAUCCAUCAGGUGGAACCUGACAGCAGGUGCUUCGAGGCCUAAUCCACAAGGAACAUUUAAUGUGACAAAUGUGACAUUAUCACAAACUUUUAGGAUAAACGCAAAUAUUGCUGAGAUUGAUGGUGCUCCUCGCUACACUGUGAAUAAUGUCUCGUAUCUGGUCCCGAGCACCCCAUUAAAACUCGCUGAUUUUGUCAACAAUGGUAGUGGUGUUUUUGAACUUGACAAGUAUCCAAUCUAUGGGGAUAAUCCAAGUGCAGUAAAUGGAACUUUUGUUCAAACUGGCAACCACAAAGGAUGGGUGGAGAUCGUGUUCACGAAUGAGCUACAAGUUUUGGAUUCCUGGCAUUUAGAUGGAUUUGGAUUCUAUGUUGUAGGGUUUGGUGAUGGGAAGUGGAACCCUGGCAUCCGUUCAGCUUACAAUCUCUAUGAUCCCGUGGUCCGCUCUACUGUUCAGGUCUACCCAGGAGGAUGGAGUGCAGUAUAUGCUUAUCUAGACAAUCCAGGCAUGUGGAAUUUAAGGUCUCAGAAAUUGAAAAACUGGUACUUGGGCCAGGAGCUUUAUGUAAGAGUUUAUGAUGCUGAUCCAAAUCCAGUCAAAGAGAAACCUCCUCCUCAAAACCUAUUAUAUUGUGGUAAAAUUGAACCUCCACCUCCACCACCCCCAUCGCCACCACCUUCACCGCUACCUCCACCUUCACCUCCACUUCCGCCUUCACCUCCUGCCAGCCCAGAACCAGUAACAGUUCCGCCCCCUGGUGCUCCUAGCAGUAGUGCAGCAGGUUCACAUAUUACAUUGUUCAAUAUCCUACUGCUCUGCACACUUCUAGUACUCUGAAAUGAUUCAGAAAUAUAUGAUGGUGGUUGGAGUUUUUGUAAUUCGUGUUUGAUAUCACUUGUAAAUUUUUAUAUGUAUUGAUGCUAAAGUUGGAGUUACUCUUGUAGGCUAAAUAA